AUGGCGGCGUCUCUCUCCUCGCAAGGGACCGCGCCGCCAAAUGCACCCACCGCUACAUCACCCACGGAUCUGCCACUCGCUGAACAAGAGCAAGUCGCCGCGCUCAUGACGCUCACGAAACACCUCUCCCCUGCCGCCACGAACGAGUUUCGUCGUCAACUGCGCGAGCAAGACAAUACAGAGACCAGACUCUUCAAACUCCCCGCCGAACUCCGCAAUGGCAUCUUCGAGAUGGCGUUCCUGGAUGAGCUGCUCGCGAACGAGGCGAAAAAAGUCACAGCAACAGCAAGAUACAGAACGUCAGAUCCAACAAAGGCAGCACAGGAGCCGACCGCGGAGACAUACGACCAGUUGAAAGCAUUGAUCUGCGGCCCUCGCGCCAUGAACGCUUGUCGCCAGAUGCGACGCGAAUGCCGGAGCCUGCUGGAGCUCGACAAGAUCGUCAUAACCCGCUACACGGCGCCGGGCAAGAGCCACAAAGUAACGUCGCUCGUUGAGCUUCUCCGGGUCGGCGGCGCGUUCUUCUAUGUCUCUCUGCACGACUCUGAAGAGAUCGCCCACGAAGCUGCAGAGAGCUGGGUCUUCUUCCCGAGCAGAGGCGAUGGAGCCGGGAUGGUGUUGUUCCCCUCGACACUGGGAAUCAAACCGAGAUCGAUCAGCAUCGAUUACCACGAGGCCUACCACAGGUUUAUGGAUGUGCCGUUGGUAUAUCGGCGGCAUGCAUGCACUAAAGCUGCGAAAGAUGACGGACCGGGGCCUCGUGCCAUCAUCUAG